CUCGGUGGUUUCUGCUCCGAACUGGUUUUAGGGGUUUUCUCAGCUUCCAGUCCCCAUUUGGAGUGUAGUGGAAAGAGGGACUGGGCCUCCGGGGUCAGGUUCCCAGUGGAUGGAUCGGGAGACGCGCACCUUUGCCGAGCGGUUCUACCGGGGCCUCCGGGACCGAGUCCCUAGCGGCGACGGUCCCACACCCAGCAGCGUGACCUUCAUUCAGACGCCGGACGCCUUCUCCUAUGCUGACUUCGUGAAGGGCUUCCUGCUGCCUAACCUGCCCUGCGUGUUUUCCAGCGCCUUCACCGAGGGCUGGGGCAGCAGGCGGCGCUGGGUGACAUCUGAGGGAAAGCCUGACUUCGAGUACCUGCUGCAGAAAUAUGGAGACGCGGUUGUACCGGUUGCUAACUGUGGAGUGCAGGAAUACAAUUCAAACCCUAAAGAGCACAUGCCCUUCCGUGACUAUAUCAGUUACUGGAAGGAGUACAUCCAAGGAGACUACUCCUCUCCACGGGGCUGCCUCUACCUAAAGGACUGGCAUCUGUGCAGAGACUCCUUGGUGGAUGACUUGGAAGAUAUAUUCACCCUGCCUGUGUACUUCUCGUCAGACUGGCUGAAUGAGUUCUGGGAUGUCCUCAACGUGGAUGACUACCGUUUUGUCUAUGCAGGCCCCAGGGGCACCUGGUCUCCCUUCCAUGCAGACAUCCUCCGCUCCUACAGCUGGUCAGUCAAUAUCUGUGGGAAGAAGAAAUGGUUGUUCUUCCCGCCAGGGCAGGAGGAAGCCCUUCGGAACUGCCAUGGUAGCCUGCCCUACGAUGUGACUUCCACGGAGCUCCUGGACACCCACCUGUAUCCCAGGGUCCAGCACAAGAACCUUCCCAUUGAAGUCAUACAGGAGCCUGGUGAGAUGGUGUUUGUGCCCAGCGGGUGGCAUCAUCAAGUGUACAACCUGGACGACACCAUCUCUAUCAACCACAACUGGAUCAAUGGCUGCAACCUGGCAAACAUGUGGCACUUCCUGCAGCAAGAGCUCCAGGCCGUGCAGCAUGAGAUUGGAGAAUGGAAGGACUCUAUGCCUGACUGGUACCACCACUGCCAGGUCAUCAUGAAGUCCUGCACAGGGAUCAACUUUGAAGAAUUUUACCAUUUCCUCAAGGUCAUUGCUGAGAAGAGACUCCUUGUCCUGAGGCAAAGACUGAAGGGGGAUUCAGGGGACAGCCAGAGCCUAGGGCUGGGCCUACAACAGGCUGCAUUUGAUAUUGGCCGCCUGGCAGACGUGCUGGCCUCCGUGGUCGUGAAUCCUGACUUUCAGAGAGUAGACACCAGCGCAUUCUCACCACAGCCAGAGGAGCUGCUUCAGCAGCUGGAGGACACCAUGGCUGCCGCAGAGGCCCUUUAGCAUGCUGCAGAUCAAGAUGCAGGGAGAGUUCUGCAGAGCAGCCUCUUGCCCCGGGACCCUUCUGGAAAUGCAGGCUACUUUUCCUUGAGGCCUAGGAUGUGCCCCAAGCCUGUGCCAGUGCAGUUCUUGCAGGGUGGGCCUUGAGGAAGGUCCCGCCAAAAUGGGAAUUUAACUCCUGGAGGCUAGAGAAAUGUUCACCUACCUAACAAGCCUGACAAGCAUGUGAAUUGAGUAGUAGUGAUCAUGAAACCAGGUUUCCUUGGGGAACUCCAGCCUCUUCUAGUUAUCCUAGGAUUCCUGAGUGAUGGACAUCCAA